AUGAAAGGCAGCAAAGCUGGCAGCAUAAGGUAGAAACACGCAUGCGCAAGUUUGGAGUUUGAAGGGUGGGGAAAGGCACACAAUGAGGCUGCCUUUUCCCUGGCAUCCUUGCACAUUUUGUACCAGAUCACCACAGAUUUUCAUUCAUUUUCGCAUUGAUGGCACUGCUUACCCUGACCGCACUUCACUACUCCAGGUCUUCCCACUGGGCACAGACGUCUAUUCAAUGUCUAUUCCACAUUGGUUAAAACGUAAUUUCAUUGAAAUGAUGUGGAAACAACGUUUAUUCAACCAGUGUGUGCCCAACGGGUAAUGAGAGAGGUACCAUUUGUUUUCCCCCUCAGAAUGUCCCCUGAAACCACAGCCUGACCUUCACCUUCACCACCAGGUUCCCUUAGAAAUGCAUCCCAAAUGGUACCAUAUUCCCUUUAUGGUGCACUACUUUUGCCCUAUGGGCCCUGCUCAACAGUAGUGCACUGCAUAGGGAAUAGGGUGCCAUUUUUGACACAACCUAGAUCUUCCAUGGUAAAGUCCCUCAGCCCAAUCUAUAGGAUUGGGUCACAGACAGACUUACUGUAAGCUGCUCUGGACAGGAGCUUGUCUGAGCUAAGGAUCGGGAAGAGCCAUCAUCAUCAUCAUGGCCCAUUGAUGUCAGCUGACUGACUGUCAGGGUACUUUGAACCCCAAGGGGCUUAAAUCUAUGGGUGACGGAUUGGACUGGUUUGCCAAUUAUGCUUGUGAUGGGCUCACAUGAGUGGCUCUCUAUCUCUCUAUCUCUCUGCUCCAUAGUGUUGGAGUCGGGGUCUACUGUAUCUGUCAGGUUGGAGCGAGGUGUAUGUGGCCGAAGGGGUGGGAGGUGGGGUUUAGGCAUCAAUGUGGUGGGUGAGUCGGAGGUGGGGGUGGGGUUGGGGUCGGCCACGUCGUGCUACGUGAAGCCCGUCUAGAGAAAUCUUCAUCAAUCACCUCGCUUCAGCCUCUUCUGCUCUAGUAAUGUCUGAUUCCAUUACUGGGUAAAGCCCUGACCAGUCUCUGUAGAUGUUCCGCUGUAGAUGUUCUACUGUAGAGCCCUACUGUAAAGCCCCACUGACCAGCUCAGAGUGCCACUGCAGCCUGAUCGGUUGAUUGGAUGAGCCUGGGUGUAAGUGGAUAUGCGUUAUCAACACUAUACUGUGGAGAAGGGCUGUUCCUGCUAUAUUCCAUGUGGCUUAAUUAAAACUGUUUAUAAGUGUGAUACUUAAGAGACAUGGUUGGCCAGGAGUGCUGGUGUUUUCUAGUGGUUCUGUAUGCUGCGAUUCUGUAUGCUCAUUUACACUGAAUUGUGUGUGAAUCCUUGUCAAACUGGCCCGUGUUGUGAAAAGAGACAUAUAUAAAGGGAAACUGUUUCAGUUCAAAUAAUCUUAGCACCUACUUGGCAUAUGAAUGCUGUUCAGAAUAAAUAGAAUGAAUUAGGUGACAAAAAUGUAGUUUAUGUGUGUUUGAGAAGCACACACACUGUUAGAGUGUUAAAGUGUGAAAUUAGUCUGGCCCAGGAACAGUUUUGUUUGUCAACUCCAACUGUUACGAUUAGUGAACAAGUGCGUAUGGGCAACCUAAACUAUCACAACUCCCUAAGGCUGCAACAUUAGCUGUAGCACUGUGUAGCAAACUGGGCCUAUGGACGGAAGCUGUCUCUUUUGGGUAGUGCAAUUUUGUCUAAAACUACUGUACCGCUCCGCUUUCCGCUGCAUGCCUAGCUCCCAACCCAACAAACAUGUAGGCUGACUUGGCAGCCACACCGGGGGAGUACAGGAUUCCAAUGUCAUGCUGGAAAAUGUAACAGGACCCACACAGCUGGUCUAGCAGGGAGAUGCGCUCCAAACGUCCAUCUCCCAAUGUUUGUCCUUGUGGUAGUAUUUAGUUCAGAAACAGACAGAAUUCACACAGCGAUCGAGGUGGAACCCUGUUCUGUCCUCAGUCCCCUGUCAGUUUGUUUUCAUGCACAUGCUGUUCCUGCUCUAAUACGAAGGGGAGAAAAGCUCAUUGUUGUGUGUCUGUUAUUGUUCUACCCCUGUCAGCUGUGCUGUAAGGCAAUGAACAAGCAAUAAAAAAUGAGGUGAGCUUGCUUUAAAUGUGUGACCAGUGACCAUCAUUCACACGCUCCACAGUAUAAAGAGGGACCUUGACCGAAUCCUGCCCUUCAUGCAAUGACAUCAAACUAUGUCCUCUCCUUCGCUUUGCACAACUUACCCCAUCAAUAUCAGCCAAAUGCUAACCUUUACCAUAAAGCUUUUUUAUUAAUGUUACAUAUGCUACUCCUUCCUCAUCAAUCAGAUGGCUGAUGAAGUUUGGCUGGGAGCUGCUAGCCAGGUGUCCUGCCAACCCAAUCCACACGGGAACGGACCGAUAACCCUGGUACAUAGAUAUGAGGACAUUGUCUGCCCUGACCCUCCUAUGCCACACUGUUUCCAGGCCUGAUCAGCUUGGCACAGUGGGGACAGCAGCUGGUUAUGGGAAGGGAGGGACACACUCCUGCACGUCUCUCAGUUGGGCAGGGGAGGAGGUAUGUGCACUUGUCUUGUCUGCCUCUCUCUUACAGCUGUGUAUCUGGGAGAGUGGAUACAGUCAGUAAAGACAGAGGAAGUAGUAAACAGUGAAUGUUGUAAACAGAUCAAAUAAACCUACUUCCUUCUUUACAGUAGGUGACUGGUGUGGAUGAUGAUGUUGAUAUUUGGCCUUCUGGGGCUAUUGCACUGCCCUUUCUAGAGAAUAUAGUAGAUAGUGACUGACUGUGCUGUACAGAUAGAAUUCCUUCCUCUUCAGCCAGUCCUCUAGCUGUCCAGUGGAUAAAACAGCUGGGAUAGAUUGGUUUUCCCACUCUGAAAUGUACAGUACAUUUUGGACGGAGUGGUUUUUUAACCCUGCUCGGUGUCGGAUCCUGCUGACUGAUUUGGAAGUAAGCUUGGCAUGGCAGCAGCCAAGAGUUUGGAACAGAGCUGAGGUUUAGCUUAAGGACAUUGUUGUUAAGUGUUGCUUGGAGCAACAGGGAGAGAGGGUGAAAGAAAGGCUGCCACUGGUUCAACUCUAAACAUGUCUGGCAUACCGGGACAGUUAAGAGGUGUCACUUGACUGUGUGUGUGUGUGUGUGUGUGUGCGUGCGUGCGUGCGUGCAUGUGUAGGUCAAGGGUACAGAGCAGCUGUGGUGUUACCCCAUGUACCCUCAGUGUCACUAACUACGCCACAUCUGCACAGGCGUAAACGCAUCAUAAGUAGGACCUGUUUGCCCAUGACCUCUCUCUCCCUCUUUCUCACUGUACUGUAGAACACAGGAUGUCUACUACUGCCUCCCUUUGACACACACCCCAUAUAGCAGAGCACUGCGUUUAUGUUAAUGUUCAAUAAACUGUCCUGUCCUUGACAUGGGUUAGAUAAACAACCCAUAAGUGGUAUGUUUGAACCUUUAGAUGUCACACCACAUGGAUGACCCCAUCAUAAACUUACUCAAUUCCAGCUAAAAAAAAUCCCCCAGCCAGUGCAGUGUCCAUCACCGUACCCAGUACCCUGCACUUUGACCAGUCUCCUUAGAGAUGACAGGGUGCUAAGCGGCCGGCGUAUCACUGGGCUCAGAUAAGGACCACUCUGCUGUUUGUUCAUUGGGCACGGCUCGACUCCAAGACCUAUAAAGAAAACACUGCAAACCCAUGGGCUGCGUCCGAAAUGGCACCCUAUUCCUUACAAAGUGCACUACUUUUGAGCAGAGCCCUAUGCAGGCUCUGGACAAAAGUAGGACACUAUAUAGGAAAUAGGGUGCCAUUUGGGACGUAGACAUAUAGCUGGCCAAAGCUCUGCUUGUCUAUCAGCCAGCCCUAUCUCCCCAUAUAUCCCUCAGUGGAGUGGGUUGGUGAGGCCAGCCCUAUCUCCCCAUAUAUCCCUCAGUGGAGUGGGUUGGUGAGGCCAGCCCUGUCGCCGCAUAUAUCCCUCAGUGGAUUGGGUUGGUGAGGCCAGCCCUGUCGCCGCAUAUAUCCCUCAGUGGAUUGGGUUGGUGAGGCCAGCCCUGUCGCCCCAUAUAUCCCUCAGUGGAGUGGGUUGGUGAGGCCAGCCCUGUCGCCGCAUAUAUCCCUCAGUGGAUUGGGUUGGUGAGGCCAGCCCUGUCGCCCCAUAUAUCCCUCAGUGGAUUGGGUUGGUGAGGCCAGCCCUGUCGCCCCAUAUAUCCCUCAGUGGAUUGGGUUGGUGAGGCCAGCCCUGUCGCCCCAUAUAUCCCUCAGUGGAUUGGGUUGGUGAGGCCAGCCCUGUCGCCGCAUAUAUCCCUCAGUGGAUUGGGUUGGUGAGGCCAGCCCUGUCGCCCCAUAUAUCCCUCAGUGGAGUGGGUUGGUGAGGCCAGCCCUGUCGCCGCAUAUAUCCCUCAGUGGAUUGGGUUGGUGAGGCCAGCCCUGUCGCCCCAUAUAUCCCUCAGUGGAUUGGGUUGGUGAGGCCAGCCCUGUCGCCCCAUAUAUCCCUCAGUGGAUUGGGUUGGUGAGGCCAGCCCUGUCGCCCCAUAUAUCCCUCAGUGGAUUGGGUUGGUGAGGCCAGCCCUGUCGCCGCAUAUAUCCCUCAGUGGAUUGGGUUGGUGAGGCCAGCCCUGUCGCCCCAUAUAUCCCUCAGUGGAUUGGGUUGGUGAGGCCAGCCCUGUCGCCCCAUAUAUCCCUCAAUCUAACAGGCCUGUGUUGCUCACACCACAAGACUAAGGGGUUAAACAUUAAUGCUAGCUCUGCUCAACUGCUCACACACACACAUAUGCGUACACACACACACAAACCCAGUCACACAUAGUCACACACACACACACUAAUCGACAGGGCAUGUAGUCAAAGACGAGGGUCGGGAAGGGAGACUUUGAGUGUUGGGAUCAGGAAAGGUAGGGGUUGUGUACUUUGUGAUUGGUUUAUACUGGUAUGAGAUUACUGUUAUGCUUUACUUUCAGAAUAUGCUUUGUAUUGCAUUUGAGACUUAUUUUGUAUUCAAUGAGAAUUAGACCAGCAUGAUUUGAUAAGCGAUUGUCUACCAUUUAAUUCUGCUGAAGCAAAUACUUUUAGUAUAGUUUUCUGAGGCAGCAAUAUGUUACUGUGUGUUCAGUUGCGUUCUACCUGCAGCAAACACGCCUGUACACACCUCUGUCUUGAUCUGCUGCCAGCGUUGGUAUCACGUUCUUAACUAUCAGACUGCUGUUUAAUUUCCUCCUUCAGGGAACCUAAAACUGUCUUAGUCCUACAUCAGUAUUGGCUCAGACCUGUAUUUCAGUACAUGGAUCCAUUCUGGUCACCUGUCUUAGAGUGUAGCUCAGUAGCUGUGUACCUAUGUGUAGCUGUGUGUCUCUUUCUGUGGGUGUCUAUAGAUAGUGUGUAUACCGUCCUGUUCCAGGGUUCAAUAUCCCAGCAGCACUUCACGCUGAGAUAACCGCAAUAAUACAACUGAACCACAAAAGCUCAGCUUGCCUCUACUAUGGUUUGAAGGCAACAAUGACUUCACACAGCUCAGGCUAGAAGACCUCUGCUACAUACACCCCCAUCCCAUGGGAGAGAGAGCCUGUCUGCAGUCUGCAUGCCUGUGUCAUGUUUAGAACAUGUCCCAAUAACAGCUCUCCCCCAUUAUGUGAUCUGCUUUACAGGCUCUCAGGACAGGGCUUUCUCAGGGGCUCUGCAGAGGAGAGUUGGGCAUUCUGCCUGCUCAGUGAUACCAGAGCAGGGGUAUUAGACCAACCAGACUGCAUGUGGGCUUACACUUUCUCUGUUCUCUGUUCUUUGUUUGUUUGUUUAUUAGCAUUUUACUAAUACACCUUUCUGAGACUCAUUUAAACAUCAUAUUGGAGAGCAAAUGGAACCAGAAAACUGAUAAUAGAUUGCAGUGGUAGUAGAUUGUUGUCUCCUCCCAAUUUUGAACCUGAUCUGUGUGCCGGAAUUGUCAUGACAUUGUCAAUGCGAUCCCAGCGGCUGAUGGGAGGCGUUCCUUUGUCAGUCCCCCGGGGAUAGAGCUGAACCCUCCCCUCCCCCUCCUUCCUAACCCUAAUAUAUAUAUAUAUAUAUAUAUAUAUAUAUAUAUAUAUAUAGACACACACAGUAUUGUUUAACUAUCCUUGUGGGAACACACAAUUUAUAACCAUUCAAAAUCCUAUUUUCCCUAACCAUAAACCUAACUCUAACCCUAAUCUUUACUAAUGACUUGCCACUCGCCUUGAGUAAAGCUAGUGUGUCUAUGUAUGCGGAUGACUCAACACUAUACACGUCAGCUACUACAGUGAGUGAAAUCACUGCAACAAUUAACAAAGAGCUGCAGUUUCAGAAUGGGUGGCAAGGAAUAAGUUAGUCCUAAAUAUUUCAAAACUAAAAGCAUUGUAUUUGGGAAAAAUCAUUCACUAAACCCUAAACCUCAAUUAAAUCUUGUAAUAAAUAAUGUGGAAAUUGAGCAAGUUGAAGUGACUAAACUGCUUGGAGUAACCCUGGAUUGUAAACUGUCAUGGUCAAAACAUGUUGAUACAACAGUAGCUAAGAUGGGGAGAAGUCUGUCCAUAAUAAAGCGCUACUCUGCCUUUUUAACAACACUAUCAACAAGGCAGGUCCUACAGGCUCAUGUUUUGUCGCACAUGGACUACUGUUCAGUCGUGUGCUCAGGUUUCACAAAGAGGGACCUCUGAAAAUUACAAUUAGCUCAGAACAGGGCAGAACGGUUGGCCCUUAAAUGUACACGGAGAACUAACAUGAAUAAUAUGCAUGUAAAUCUCUCAUGGCUCAAAGUGGAGGAGAGAUUAACUUCAUCACUACUUGUUUUUGUAAGAAGUGUUGACAUGCUGAAUGCACGAAGUGUCUGUUUAAACUACUAGCACACAGCUCGGACACCCAUGCAUACCCCACAAGACAUGCCACCAGAGGUCUCUUCACAAUCCCCAAGUCAAGAACAAACUAUGGGAGGCGCACAGUACUACAUAGACCCACGGCUACAUGGAACUCUAUUCCACAUCAGGUAACUGAUGCAAGCAGUAGAAUCAGAUUUACAAAACCAGAUAAAAAUACACCUUAUGGAACCUUAACUCCUAAUGCUAAACCUAAUUCUAACCCUAACACUAAAUGUGCCUUAACCCUAAACCCCCUAGAAAUAGUAUUUGACCUUGUUGGGACUAACAAAAUGUCCCCAGUUGGUCAAAUAUAUGUUUGUUUACUAUUCUUGUGGGGACUUCUGUUCCCGACAAGUAUAGUUAAACACGUCCACACACACACACUCACGCAGAUAUGACCUUGCCUGUCCUCGGUGCACUGUGUGCAGUGCCUUCCUCAGCAGGCUUGGUUGAGCGAGCACAAGAGGGGCUUGAGCUCUGUUACUGUAGGAACCACCUCCCUCCUCUCCCUCUCUCUCUCCCUCCUCUCCCUGUCUCUCUCUGUCUCCCUAUGUUAUCUGUUUUUCUGUUACUCUCACUCUCUCUCUUUGCCUCUCAAUGCCUGGCUGACUCUUUCUCUGUCUUAAUCUGACUCUCUCUCUCUAAUUCAGUCCAUCUGACCAGCCCACCCUCUCAUCUGUCCGCCUAGGUUAAAGUAGUACAUGGCUGAUAUGGGGAGCGUGUACAGAUGUACGAUCUUAAUUUGAGCCAGUUUGCUACAGCAGCAAAAUAAUCCUGUAGCAACAAGAAAUGUGAAUUAUUAUGUGGAUUAUAAUUCAUGGACAUUUUUUGUAGGGGUUGAUACAUUUUUCGUUAGGGCAAAUCAAGUCUGACAUUUUAAAGUGGACAUUUUCAAACUUUAGAAGCCUUUCUAGUAUGAAAAUCUAUGCACUCACUAACUGUAAGUCGCUCUGGAUAAGAGCGUCUGCUAAAUGACUAAAAUGUGAAAUGUAAACCUCGAAUACACUACAAGUUUGCAUUUCCUGCUGUGCAGGAAAAUUCUCAGCAACAAAAGAGUGAUCAAAUUAAGAUCCUACAUCUGUAUAUAGUGACUGAUCAUGUGUUUGUUUACCCCUUUUUCUCUGUUGAGGAUGACAUACAGUGAAUGCCAAACCAGCCCCUCGCCCCUCGCCCCUAGCAACUCGCUCGGAGGGCCCUCCGUUGUCACGUGUUGCUGACAAAACUCUGAGGGUGACUUCAAGAGUGGCGAGGGGAUCAAAUAAAACCAUCAACUCAUAACUUGAAUGAUGCAAUUCAUGUUCCACAUUUAAAUAAUAAAACAAGCAUGAAAUUCAAAUGAGGAAAUUCCACCUGUCGUUUGACAAGAUAUAAUCCUCAGUAACAGUUAAUAAUUUCAUCUGGGACGUAUUUCAUGUGUGAAGCCUCAAAAUCAGACACAAACCAAUACAAGAAUUCGGCACGCCUAUUUGUUCUUUUCUGUGAAAACUCCAAAAUUACGCGGUUCAUUAUGGGAUACCACUUUGCUCUGAAGCCUGCAGCGUAGCUUGCUCGGUCGAAGUGGCUAGCUAUCGGAAGGUCUAAUUAGCCCCUACACCCUCCAUAAUUUUCACUCCCUCAGCUUUGGCUGAGGCGCGCAUGAACACACAAAUGGAGGGGCGAGGGGAAAGGGAAGGGGGUGAUUUGGGAUUCAGCCAUGACUAGGGCAUAGUGGAGUAGGGCAGUACAGUACAGCAUAGCUGCUGCUGGUGGGGUCAUGCGGUCAGUGAUGGUAUCAGUAGUCAUGUAAGUAGCCUAAACAUGCAGGCUCAGGGUCUAUGUCCCUGUGUGACAGGUCUCUGUUUACUCAAUGGGUGUUUCUCAAUAUGCAUACUACCAUGCUCCACACUGUCACGCUCCGAGUGCAUUGUCCGACGACGUUCUCUUGAGUACGUUCUUGUGAGGACGAGAGUGUGGAGAAUGCAUAAAACAUUAAAUUUGAGAAGCACUCGCACUCCGCCUACUGUAUUACCUCACGCUUUACCUCCCCAUUCACUGAACCUUCAUCCAGCCAGGACAAUGGCAAAAAUUAAACGUUUUAAUUCAUAAUUAUCAGCUGGAUAUGUGAAUCGUAAUAAUCUAGCUAGCCAGCUAGUUAAACAGGCAGAAAUGACCUAAAACUAAUGUUACGCAAGGUAGAUGUACAUUUUUCGUGGGUAGCUACCAAUUCUUUGCGGCUAGCCAACUAUCCAGUUAGCCCUAUUGACUUACUAUGGACUUGGGACUUACCCAUUCACUGAACCGUCUUCCAGCCAGGACAAUGGCAAUAGAGACAAAACAAGAUAUACACAAAGCAACUGUUUUACUUCAUAACUAUCAGCUAGUUAUAUGUGAAUCGUAAUAAUGUAGCUAACCAGAUAGUUUAACAGGCAAAAAUGACCUAAAACGAAUAUUAUGCAAGAUAGGUGUCAAUUCUUCAUGGCUAUCUGUUAGCUAGCCAGUUAGCCCUAUUGACUUAUUAUGGGCUUGCGAUCUACGGUACGUAGGCAGGUAAACAUGCCAAAAUUAACACAGCAUGUAUUUAUUAACGUAUCAAGAUAAAAUAUUGUAGUCAGACAAAAUAUGAGAUGUGAAUAAACGUGCAUUUUCUCUCGCUUCAGGUCAAAUAAUGGCCGCCAUUGAUUUCAAGAAAUGUUGCGUCAUUUUUUACAUGGUUGCAUCAUAUUUCUUUGCAUACUUUCUAUUGAAGCUUGCAUCGAUGUACAGUCAUGGUCAAAAGUUUUGAGAAUGACACAAAUAUUAAUUUUCACAAAGUCUGCUGCCUCAGUUUUUAUGAUGGCAAUUUGUAUAUACUCCAGAAUGUUAUGAAGAGUGAUCAGAUGAAUUGCAAUUAAUUGCAAAGUCCCUCUUUGCCAUGAAAAUGAACUUAAUCCCCAAAAAACACUUCCACUGCAUUUCAGCCCUGCCACAAAAGGACCAGCUGACAUCAUGUCAGUGAUUCUCUCAUUAACACAGGUGAGAGUGUUGACGAGGACAAGGCUGGAGAUCACUCUGUCAUGCUGAUUGAGUUAGAAUAACAGACUUGAAGUUUUAAAAGGAGGGUGGUGGUUGAAAUCAUUGUUCUUCCUCUGUUAACCAUGGUUACCUGCAAGGAAACACGUGCCGUCAUCAUUACCUUGCACAAAAAGGGCUUCACAGGCAAGGAUAUUUCUGCUAGUAAGAUUGCACCUAAAUCAACCAUGUAUCGGAUAAUCAAGAACUUCAAGGAGAGAGGUUCAAUUGUUGUGAAGAAGGCUUCAGGGCGCCCAAGAAAGUCCAGCAAGCGCCAGGACCGUCUCCUAAAGUUGAUUCAGCUGCGGGAUCGGGGCACCACCAGUGCAGAGCUUGCUCAGGAAUGGCAGCAUGCAGGUGUGAGUGCAUCUGCACGCACAGUGAGGCGAAGACUUUUGGACGAUGGCCUGGUGUCAUGAAGGGCAGCGAGGAAGCCACUUCUCUCCAGGAAAAACAUCAGGGACAGACUGAUAUUCUGCAAAAGGUACAGGGAUUGGACUGCUGAGGACUGGGGUAAAGUCAUUUUCUCUGAUGAAUCCCCUUUCCAAUUGUUUGGGGCAUCCGUAAAAAAGCUUGUCCGGAGAAGACAAGGUGAGCGCUACCAUCAGUCCUCUGUCAAGCCAACAGUAAAGCAUCCUGAGACCAUUCAUGUGUGGGGUUGCUUCUCAGCCAAGGGAGUGGGCUCACUCACAAUUCUGCCUAAGAACACAGCCAUGAAUAAAGAAUGGUACCAACACAUCCUCCGAGAGCAACUUCUCCCAACCAUCCAAGAACAGUUUGGUGACGAACAAUGCCUUUUUCAGCAUGAUGGAGCACCUUGCCAUAAGGCAAAAGUGAUAACUAAGUGGCUCGGGGAACAAAACAUCGACAUUUUGGGUCCAUGACUAGGAAACUCCCCAGACCUUAAUCCCAUUGAGAACUUGUGUUCAAGCCUCAAGAGGCGGGGGGACAAAGAAAAACCCACAAAUUCUGACAAACACCAAGCAUUGGUUAUGCAAGAAUGGGCUGCCAUCAGUCAGGAUGUGGCCCAGAAGUUAAUCGACAGCAUGCCAGGGCGGAUUGCAGAGGUCUUGAAAAAGAAGGGUCAACACUGCAAAUAUUGACUCUUUGCAUAAACUUAAUGUAAUUCUCAAUAAAAGCCUUUGACACUUAUGGAAUGCUUGUAAUUAUACUUCAGUAUACCAUAGUAACAUCUGACAAAAAUAUCUAAAAACACUGAAGCAGCAAACUUUGUGAAGACCAAUACUUGUGUCAUUCUCAAAACUUUUGACCACGACUGUACAAAUGGAGUACACAUUCGAGAAGUGCUCUCCGUGCUCAGUUUCGCAUACUUUGAUUUGGACUCAUACUCCGACCCUCCCAUUCUCCAAUUUGCGUGCUCGGAGCACGGUAGUAUGCAUUUUAAGAAACACCCAAUGUCUCUACUCAGUCAGCCAGCCAGCCAGUCAGUCACUCAGCCAGUCAGUCAGUCAGUCAGUCUGUUAGUCAAACAGUUAGUCAGUUAGCCAACCAGUCAGUCAGUCUGUUAGUCAAACAGUUAUCCAGCCAUCCAGUCAGUCACCAACCAGUCAGUCAGUCAGUUAGUCAGUCAGCCAAGCAGUCAGUCAGUCGACCAGUCAGUCAGUCAGUCUGUUAGUCAAACAGUUAGUCAGUCAGCCACUCAGUCAGUCAGUCAGUCUGUUAGUCAGCCAGUCAGUCACUCAGCCAGUCAGUCACUCAACCAGUCACUCAGCCAGUCAGUCAGUCAGUCUGUUAGUCAAACAGUUAGUCAGUCAGCCAACCAGUCAGCCAGUCAGUCAGUCAGUCUGAUAGUCAAACAGUUAGCCAGUCAGCCAACCAGUCAGUCAGUCAGUCUGUUAGUCAAACAGUUAGUCAGUCAGCCAACCAGUCAGUCAGAACCAUUAUGGCAGUGUCACCAGCUAUGUAUACUGUUACACCAUUGAUCAAACUCUGUUAACCCUUACCACUCCUGGCAAUUGGCCUAUAUGGAUAGGGUUAAAUCCAUUGAAAUGUUUCUUACAAAAUGAAUAUGAAAUGUCUGUGCAUAAGCAUGUUAGCAAUUGAGAGGGAACAGUUUGGAGAUUAUGGGAAAAUUAUUAGACCAAAUUUGAGGAUUCAACAGUUCACCUGACACAAUACAUUACACUGUCGAUUAUUUGUGCAUUUUACAUUUACUGUACAUUUCGCUGCAUUUGUUGAUAACCAAAUCUGAAAAUACUCUGAAUAUAUUCAGUAACAUAAGAAUAUUCCUGGAAAAUGUGUGGUAGGUGCAACAUAAAACAAAAAAAUUACAAGGGUUUGAGUGAGAGGACUAACUGGUGUCUCCAAGUGGCCACACACCUCUCCAAAGUGCACACAGUUCAUAAGUCAUUUUAAUGCACUUUUAUGACUCAAAGAAGAGUCUUCAACUAUAAGGUACUUUUUUGAGCUCUCCUAGCUGUGCCGUUGAGGAACUAGAGCAAGCACACUUGUAAUUGUUUUGUUUGGAACACAACCCUGCAUCCCCACCAUCACACAAUUACUGUUGUUGUUUACGCAAUCCAAAAACGGACCAUUAUGAAUCGCAAUCUGGGUCAGGUGGGCAUUGUUUGAUUGCCAACAUGACUAGCUAAGUUAUAGAAUAUGAACUUACAGCGUUAGGCUUUCACAGGGCAAUUCAGAGAAACAGAUGGUAGUUUUGGUGCGCAUAGAAAGGAGUCAUGCGUGAAAUUCAGGUGUGUGUUCCGCUGCAAAUUUUCUUCACAAUAGACUAACAUAGGCUCAUUCUGUUCAGAACAACCCAGGGUAUGACGCCAUGUCAUGUUGUAACUGUGCAUCAAACACGUUGACACUGUAUAUGACAUGAGUUUUAUGAUAUGGAAAUGUAAAGUGCACAUUUGGACUCACAGGUGUUUGGCUAGCUUGUUUGACAUCAAAGCAUUUUCUAUUAUAAUCCUCAACGUCUCAUCUUUCAAAAUACAUAGAGUCACCUUAAUGUACAGCAUUUCCCUCACUCAGACAACAACAAAUUAGCAAAAGUUGCUCAAUUAGCGGGAGGGAUGGGGGACAGCUUCUUGUCGCCUGUGGUGGUCAAGUUCAGAAAAGCUGUCAGUCAAAACCCAUACAGCGCUGUGAAGGGCAGAGCCUGAGCUCUGACGCCAUUUAUAGCAUGUUACUGUACAGCCACUGCGUUCCAUUUUCAACUUGCUCUUUUUUUUGUAUUAUUAUUUUUUUAUUGGUAAUUAAAGUAAAGACCCCCCGGCCAAACCCUCCCCUAACCCGGACGAUGCUGGGCCAAUUGUGCGCCGCCCUAUGGGUCUCCCGGUCACAGCCGGUUAUGACACAGUCAACUUGCUCUUGAAACGAAUUGUUUAUUAUCUACAUUGGCACAGCAGUGUCUAGCCUAGGCACUGUGGAUGCCAUGGAGAGGCCCAGUGUUGUAAUGACAUAGUGAUGAGUGAAUGUCCUGAAACAGGAUGUCCUCUAAAUGAAGACCUCUGGGAGCAGGAGGACUAUGUUAAAGAGGCCAGCUCUAUUCCUCCUGGGUAAAUAAACACUCUGUCUCUUUCUCUGUGUUCAAAACACCUGCUGCAGUGCCGGCUUAGACCUACGGCUAUACACUAUGCUUCAAUGAAAUACCAUGCAUUUCUGUUAUCUGUGACCUUGGAAUACAUUGAGAGGUGUAGGGCUGUAAUUCAUCUUUGAACGUGUACGUGCACGUACUGUUAGACACGUCCAUUAACCAGAGUCAUUGACCAGUGCCCAAAAUAGACGUGAGUACUGUAUGGGGUCUGUUGGGUUAGACUUAGCCUCCAUAGGAUCAAGCCCUGGCAGCUUACUGCAGGCUGGUCUGCAGCUGCUGUCUCCUAGCUCCAUGCCCCCCUCUCAACGCUCAGCACCCACACCCCUCUCUCUACACCAGGCCUGAACAGGGAGCUUUACUCCAGCUUGACUCAGUUUUGGUGUGGAUAUAUGGGUUGGUGCCCCUACAGACUGAUCCCAGGUCAAUUUAAGGUUAGGAUUUGGUGAGGAUAAGCUGAUCCUAGAUCUUUGACUGAGGGUAACUUCUACCUGGAACUAUGAGGUCUGAUACCUUCUCUCUGUAUCACCCCUCAAUCGUCCACCCCCUCAUCCAAUUUAGCCCAGCACAGGGCCCUACAUUCCCCUACAUUAGGGUUAGGGGUUAAGGUUAGGGUUAAGGUUAAGGUUAGGUUUAAGGUUAGGGUUAGGAGUUAGGUUAAAGGGUUAAGGUUGGAGUUAGAUUUUACGUUUACUAUGUUAAGUGUAUGAGACCAGGCUGAACAAGGAUACACUUCAUUAGGAACGCUUAUCAGGGUUGUUAACACUUCAUGUGUUGAUGCGAUGCGUGUUGGUGAUGGAAAGAUUGCAGUGAUGUAAGAACAGGAGUGUUGACUUUCUUGUUUACUCUUUCCUAUGAUCUGGACAUUCCAUUAAAGGCUCAGUGCAGUCAACAUGAAGUUGUUUUGUAUCAUACUGUACAAGUUUUUUUUUUUUUUUUAAUCAGUGUCCUUCAUAAUUGCUGGUUGAAAAUACAAUCUACACAGGACCUUGCAUGGGUGGCGUUUCGGCUUGCCUGGUGGCAUCACCAGGCGAUAAAUUAGUUAAUAGACUAAUAACAAAGAGAGUUCCAAACCUCUCUGCCAUUAACAGCUAGUUUUCCGUUUUCCGUUUUCCCCUCCCCACUCAGACCACUCCCAGACAGUCCUAGCAAAAUUCUUGCUUGAGAAAUAGUUUUUUGCUAUAAAGCUAUUUUUGUUUCUUUUUGUCCAUUUUAAUGGAAAACUAUUACAGAAAUGAUUUGAUAUACACUACCAUUCAAAAGUUUGGGGUCACUUAGAAAUGUCCUUGUUUUCGAAAGAAAAGCAAUUUUUUGUCAAUUAAAAUAACAUCAAAUUGAUCAGAAAUACAGUGUAGACAUUUUUUAAUGUUUUAAAUGGCUAUUGUAGCUGGAAACGGCUGAUUUUUUAUGGAAUAUCUACAUAGGCGUACAGAGGCCCAUUAUCAGCAACCAUCAGUCCUGUGUUCCAAUGGCACGUUGUGUUUGCUAAUCCAAGUUUAUCAUUUUAAAAGGCGAAUUGAUCAUUAGAAAACCCUUUUGCAAUGAUGUUAGCACAGCUGAAAACUGUUGUGCUGAUUAAAGAAGCAAUAAAACUGGCCUUCUUGAGACUAGUUGAGUAUCUGGAGCAUCAGCAAUUGUGGGUUUGAUUACAGGCUCAAAAUGGCCAGAAACAAAGAACUUUCUUCUGAAACUCAUCAGUCUAUUCUUGUUCUGAGAAAUGAAGGCUAUUCCAUGCGAGAAAUUGCCAAGAAACUGAAGAUCUCGUACAACGCUGUGUACUACUCCCUUCACAGAACAGCGCAAACUGGCUCUAACCAGAAUAGAAAGAGGAGUGGGAGGCCCCGGUGCAGAACUGAGCAAGAGGACAAAUACAUUAGAGUGUCCAGUUUGAGAAACAGACGCCUCCCAGGUCAUCAACUGGCAGCGUCAUUAAAUAGUACCCGCAAAACACCAGUCUCAACGUCAACAGUGAAGAGGCGUCUCGGGGAUGCUGACCUUCUAGGCAGAGUUGCAAAGAAAAAGCCAUAUCUCAGACUGGCCAAUAAAAAGAAAAGAUUAAGAUGGGCAAAAGAACACAGACACUGGAGAGGAAGAUUGGAAAAAAGUGUUAUGGACAGACGAAUCAAAGUUUGAGGUGUUCGGAUCACAAAGAAUAACAUUUGUGAGACGCAGACCAAAUGAAAAGAUGCUGGAGGAGUGCUUGAUGCCAUCUGUCAAGCAUGGUGGAGGCAAUGUGAUGGUCUGGGGGUGUUUUGGUGGUGGUAAAGUGGGAGAUUUGUACAGGGUAAAAGGGAUCUUGAAGAAGGAAGGCUAUCACUCCAUUUUGCAAUGCCAUGCCAUACCCUGUGGACGGCGCUUGAUUGGAGUUAAUUUCCUCCUACAACAGGACAAUGACCCAAAGCACAGCUCCAGACUAUGCAAGAACUAUUUAGGGAAGAAGCAGUCAGCUGGUAUUCUGUCUAUAAUGGAGUGGCCAGCACAGUCACCGGAUCUCAACCCUAUUGAGCUGUUGUGGGAGCAGCUUGACCGUAUAGUACGUAAGAAGUGCAAUCCAACUUGUGGGAGGUGCUUCAGGAAGCAUGGGGUGAAAUCUCUUCAGAUUACCUCAACAAAUUGACAAAUAGAAGGCCAAAGGUCUGCAAGGCUGUAAUUGCUGCAAAUGGAGGAUUAUUUGAUGAAAGCAAAGUUUGAAGGACACAAUUAUUAUUUAUAUUAAAAAUAAUUAUUUCUAACCUUGUCAAUGUCUACAUUUCCUAUGCAUUUUGCUAUAUUUCCUAUUCAAACUCAUUAAUGUAUGUUUUCAUGGAAAACAAGGACAUUUCUAAGUGACUCCAAACUUUUGAACAGUAGUGUAUAAAACGGCUGCAUUGGGGACUUUUACUAACCCUCUUUCUCUCUCUCCCUUCCUCUCACCUGUUCUCUCUCUUCAGUCUGAUGAGUGAUCCUCCCCCUGAUCCCGUCCUCCGUCAUGGUCGACAUGGAGAGCCACUGCCGGCCGCCGUCCCCCCUGGAGGAUUCGGUGCUGGGCAGCCCGCUGUGUGGGGACUUCAUCGGGGGCAUGGAGGAGCUGCAGGACAUCUCCCAAUCCAUCGACGGUGACGCCCACAGCUCCUUUGACGUCCCUGAGUACCAGUCCCAGUCGAGUAACGGCUCUGGCUCUGAAGGAUCCACCAUUCUAGGUAUAGAUCCAUACCAUCAAUGGUUCGAAGUAGUGUGAUGGUAGUGUGAUGGUAGUGUGAUGUGCUUGGUUUAUUGGCUACUGCUGUCUCACACACGCUAUGCCUUCCCUUUAACUUCUCUUCCCUUAAAGAAACACUGAGACGUCCCUUAUAGAACCAUUGAGACGUCCCUUAUAGAAACCUUGAGACGUCCCUUAUAGAAAUAUUGAGAUGUCCCUUAUAGAAACAUUGAGACGUCCCUUAUAGAAACCUUGAGACGUCCCUUAUAGAAACAUUGAUACUUCCCUUAUAAAAAACAUUGAGACUUCCCUUAUAGAAACAUUGAGACGUCCCUUUUUAGAAACAUUGAGAACUUCCCCUUUUAGAACAUUGAGACGUCCCUUAAUAGAAACAUUGAAGAUGUCCCUUAUAGAAACAGUGAGACUUCCCGUUAAUAGAAACCUGAGACAAUCCCUUAUAGAAACAUUGAGAUGUCCCUUAUAGAAACAUUGAGAUGUCCCUUAUAGAAACCUUGAGACAUCCCUUAUAGAAACAUUGAUACUUCCCUUAUAAAAAACAUUGAGACUUCCCUUUUAGAAACAUUGAGACCUCCCUUUUAGAAACAUUGAGACGUCCCCAUGAGACUUCCUUAUACAGAGACCUUUAGAACUUAGACUUCCUUAUAGAACAUUUAGAACAUUGAGACUUCCCUUAUAGAAACGGACUUUUAGCGAGCUCCCUUAUGAAAUUAAAGACAUUGAGACUUCCCUUAUAGAAACAUUGAGACUUCCCUUAGAAACAUUGAGACUUCCCUUUUAGAAACAUUGAGACUUCCCUUAUAGAAACAUUGAGACUUCCCUUAUAGAGACAUUGAGACUUCCCUUAUAGAAACGUUGAGACUUGUCACGACCGUCUUGAAAGGGAGCAGACCAAUACGCAGCGCGUUGAGUGAACAUGAUGACUUUAAUGAGUACAGCACGUAAAUACAAAACAAAAGACGAUAGUGAAGUCCAACAGUGACAAUGACUGAACUUGGAACAAAAACCCACAACCCCCACAGGAAAACAUACAGAUAAAUAUGGCUCCCAAUCAGAGAUAACGAGCCGACAGCUGACACUCGUUACCUCCGAUUGGGAGUCAUUGACCAAACCUAGAAACGAACCCCACAGAAAUGCAAACAUAGAAAUACACCCAAAUACCCAACAAAACAAAAUACACCCUGGCUCAAAUACAAAAGUCCCGGAGCCAGAGUGUCACAGUACCCCCCCCUAAAGGUGCGAACUCCGGGCGCACCAGCAUACAGUCUAGGGGAGGGUCUGGGUGGGCGUCUGUCCACGGUGGCGGUUCUGGCCCUGGUCGUGGUCCCCACCCCACCUUAGUCACUAUCCGCUUCCGUAGCCUCUUCCACAUGACCACCCCCCAACUACACCCCACUGGAUUAAGGGGCGGCACCGGACUAAAGGGCAGCACCGGACUAAGGGGCAGCACCGGACUAAGGGGCAGUACCGGACUAAGGGGCAGCACCAGGAUAAGGGGCAGCACCGGGCUAAGGGACAGCACCGGACUCAAUGGCGGAUCCUGGCUGGCUGGCUCUGGCGGAUCCUGGCUGGACGGCUCUGGCGGAUCCUGGCUGGACGGCUCAUGGCUGGCUGAAGGAUCUGGCUGCUCAUGGCUGGCUGACGGAUCUGGCUGCUAAUGGCUGGCUGACGGAUCUGGCUGCUCAUGGCUGGCCGACGGAUCUGGCUGCUCAUGGCUGGCCGACGGAUCUGGCUGCUCAUGGCUGGCUGAAGGAUCUGGCUGCUCAUGGCUGGCUGACGGAUCUGGCUGCUCAUGGCCGGCUGACGGAUCUGGCUGCUCAUGGCUGGCGGAAGGCUCUGGCUGAUCCUGUCUGGCGGAAGGCUCUGGCUGAUCCUGUCUGGCGGAAGGCUCUAGCGGCUCCGGUCUGGCGGACGGCUCUGAAGGCUCAUGGCAGACGGGCGGCUUUGCAGGCUCAGUCCAGACGGCCAGUUCAAGCGCCGUUGGGCAGACGGGCAGUUCAGGCCCCGUUGGGCAGACGGCAGACUCUGGCCGUCUGAGGCGCAUCGUAGGCCUGGAGCGUGGUGCCGGAACUGGAGGUACCGGGCUGAGGACACGCAUCUCAGGGCUAGUGCGGGGAGAAGCAACAGGGCAAGCUGGACCCUGGGGACGCACAUAAGGCCUAGUGCGGAGAGAAGGAACAGGGCAUGCUGGACCCUGGGGACGCACAUAAGGCCUAGUGCGGAGAGCAGGAACAGGGCAUGCUGGACCCUGGGGACGCACAUAAGGCCUAGUGCGUGGUGCCGGAACUGGUGGUCCCGGGCUGAGGACACGCAUCUCAGGACUAGUGCGGGGAGCAGGAACAGGCCGGGCUGGGCUGGCGACGCACACCAUGAGCCUGGUGCGUGGAGCAGGAACCGGCCGGGCCUGGGCUGGCGACGCACCCCGUAGGCUUCGUGCGUGGAGCAGGAACCGGCCGGGCUGGACUGGCGACGCACCCCGUAGGCUUCGUGCGUGGAGCAGGAACCGGCCGGGCUGGACUGGCGACGCACCCCGUAGGCUUCGUGCGUGGAGCAGGAACCGGCCGGGCUGGGCUGGUGACGCACACCACAGGCGUAGUGCGUAGAGCAGGAACCGGCCGGGCUGGGCUGGCUACGCACAUCGUGGACCUGGUGCGUGGAGUAGGAACAGGCCGAGCUGGGCUGGCGACGCACAUCGUGGACCUGGUGCGUGGAGUAGGAACAGGCCGGUCCGUACCGGGAACACACACCACUGGCCUUAACUGGGGAUCAGGAACGGGCCGGACCGGACUGGUAACACACCUCAGUCUCUCACGCCGUGCCACAACAACUUCCCUCCCUCUACUCGCCAAUGGCUCCCGUAAUCCGAAAGCCUUCUCUCCACAUCUCCCUGUGGCAGCCUCCUGCUGCCCAGCCGCCCAAGCCAUGUGCCCCCCCCCAAAUUUUUUUGGGGGUUGCCUCUCAUCCUUCCGACGAUGGCCCUGCCGACGCCGUUGCUCCUCUCUCCGUCGCCUCUCCACUGUCUCGCUCCAUGGACGGCGAUCCAUCCCAUCCAGGAUUUCCUCCCAAGUCCAUGACCCUUUUCCGUCCAAUAUCUCCUCCCAUGUCCAGACCCUUUGCUCCUGGAUACGCUGCUUGGUCCUUUGAUGGUGGGUUUUUCUGUCACGACCGUCUUGAAAGGGAGCAGACCAAUACGCAGCGCGUUGAGUGAACAUGAUGACUUUAAUGAGUACAGCACGUAAAUACAAAACAAAAGACGAUAGUGAAGUCCAACAGUGACAAUGACUGAACUUGGAACAAAAACCCACAACCCCCACAGGAAAACAUACAGAUAAAUAUGGCUCCCAAUCAGAGAUAACGAGCCGACAGCUGACACUCGUUACCUCCGAUUGGGAGUCAUUGACCAAACCUAGAAACGAACCCCACAGAAAUGCAAACAUAGAAAUACACCCAAAUACCCAACAAAACAAAAUACACCCUGGCUCAAAUACAAAAGUCCCGGAGCCAGAGUGUCACAAGACUUCCCUUAUAGAAACAUUGAUAUGUCAAGUGCCUUAUACUUAGGGCCAGGGGUUUUUCCCUAGUGGGCCUGUCUAAUAGUUUCUCACCCAAUGAUCUUUCUAAGUUUUCCUAAAAGUAAAAAUGAGUAGACUACGGUGUAGUAAUCCUGUCGUAAGCCAGCUCUACGUUGUUAUUGUUUGACCAUGUGUUUCCUGAUCAUUCAGGAGCCAUGCUCACAUAGCUCAUCUCUAAUUCACCCUGACUCAGAGGGUUCAGAGAGGACACUCGGCUUGUUUAACCUCUGACCUUACUUAGGCUAACAGAGAUGCUUUUGGCAGAGGGGUUAUCUGUUAUGUUACACCCCCCCCUCGUCCCCACACUUCCACAGAGGACUUCCUCAAUCCGCAAACAUUCCUCAACUCACAAGCUGUGUCCCAAAUGGCACUCUAUUCCCUAUAUAGUGCACUACCUUUGACCAGGGCCCUAGUCUAUAUAGGGAAUAGGGUGGCAUUUUUGACGCAGCCACACUUCCCCCCCAAAUAGUAUUUUGGUAAACAUUAACUUGUUUGUGUCCAAUAGAAACCACCUGGAUGUGUUAGCAAAUAUGUUACUACGUAGUAGUUAGUAUGCAACUGGGAUUGAAACAGUGACUGGUGUUAGAAUUUAAACAUAGAGGAAAAGAGGGGAUGGUAUAUUGGGAAAAUGGAAGAGGGAGGAAUAGGUUUUCGGGGGAAGAGGAGUGGAGGAGGGGGCAUCAUGGAAAAUAGCAUUGAUGAUGUCAUGGAAAAGUCAUGGAGAGUGUGCUGGUUGUUUAUGGUUGUUGAUGGAGUGGUGAAUGAAGAAGGGAGAGAGAGAAGGAGAGAGGGAGAGGAAGAAGCAGACACUGAGUAUCUGUGAUAUGAUAUUAUUCUCCUGCCUACAUUGUAGGCUGUAGAGUGUGGUGUGUGUGACACGUGCAGUUGGUCCAAGACAUUAAUAUGUAUCCCUGUUUUGGCUUCUCUCACCCAACUCAUGUGGGCUGACUUAGCACUGCUCUGUUUGGCACCAUUCCUGAAAUGCUGUGUGUUUGGUGUGUUUGGUAUUCAGGUAUUAAAAUAGACACAGUGUGUGUAUCAUGGGCCAAUAUUUCGACUCAUCCCCUGAAUUUAGAAGUGUUGCUGAUCCACUCUCAGUGGUGUGCAUAACGGUCUGUACGUAUUUAUAGAGAUUUAAUGGGACACAUAUUACAUGUGCUCUUCCUCUGUGUUGGGCCAAAGGCCUGAGACACCAGGGACUUUCCACUGGUACAGUACUCAUCUGUCAGCUAGGGCAAAGAGGCUUCACAGUAGAGACACUAAUAUGAAUAUCAAUGUCCCAAGGUUAAUUGGUUUAUUGUUUCACAAUAGUUAUAAGUGUGUGUCUGUUUUCUGUGCAAUUAGUUUAUUAAUGUGCGUGCGUGUGGGUGUGUGUCUUGUCUGUGCAUGCAUAAGUGUGUUUACUAAUGUGUACUCUGUGUGUGUGUUCUACAGAUGCUCUGACCCCAGCCUCCAGCCCGUCGUCGGGAGUGUAUGGGGCAAUCGCAGGGCAGGAGGAGUUCUCCUCCACCUCUCUCAACCUGGAGUGUCGGGUGUGUGCCGACCGCGCCUCCGGAUACCACUACGGCGUUCACGCCUGUGAGGGCUGCAAGGUGAGAAGGACCAGCCAUCACACACAUCCACGUAUGCGGAGCACACAAGCGCAUGCACACACAAACAUUAAUAUACGCAUACAUACACACACACACCUGGUCAGAGUGAGAUUCACUGGACCAACCUUCAGACAACAGUCUAACGAUAAUGACUGAACACACAAACAGGACACAAGAAUGUGCCCUCCAACACACACAGUGUGGAUGCUCUCCUAGUUAAUUGUUUUUGAGCCUGUUGAAGAGCAAUCCAAGGCUAAUGUGUUUUGUCACAAGUCACUGGAGGACAGAGCAGAUCUUAAUUUGCCACUGGAAAGCCACUAGAUCACACGUGACUGUAAGAUAAUGUAGUUUUGGUGUUAUUAUGACCAUACCACUAACCACCAAGUAAAAAUAACCCAGUCUUUAGCUGUGACCCAAAAGGAACUGGUCAAUGUGCUGAUUCCAUUGCUGCUGUAUUAUUUCUGUGACUGCAUGCCUAGGUUCUAAUGAGAAUAAUCAAUUCUCACCCUGCUGUGAAAGCCAGGCAAAGAUAAUUGGUUUGUCAUCCGCUACAUUUCCUACAUACUCUUUCACCCUGAAUGCGUGAGAGAUGUCUUGUGGACCCCUGGCCUGCCCAUCUGUCCCUGUGCCAGGACUUUGUCUGCGUAUGGAUGUCACUUGGCGAAGUUGGCGGUGCUCUCAGUCGCUCCUCCCCCUCAUGUCAACACACUGUUACACUGAGUUCCAGACAGCAGGGAGAUAGCAGAGCAGAGUGGGCCGCAGUGUACCCUGCCCUGCCCUACACUGCCCUACCCUGCCCUACCCUGCCCUACCCUACCCUGCCCUACCCUACCCAGGACUGGACUACCCUGCCCUGGACUGGACUGCCUUGACCUGCCCUACCCUGGACUGCCUUGAUCUGCCCUACCCUGCCCUGGACUUGGCUCAGAGCUGCUGGAGGCUAGAAUGGACAUUGAGUGAACUGGUCAUAGCUGUCCCAGAGUAAAACAGCAAUGAGUCCUACGUGCACCCCGCUCCUCAGCUGUCUGGUCAUCUGAGAGUGACCCCUGCAUAGAGAGAGACAGAGACAGAGACAUGAGGCAGAGACAUGAGGCAGAAACAGAGGCAGAGACAGAGACAUGAGGCAGAGACAGAGGCAGAGACAUGAGGCACAGACAGAAACAGAGACAGAGACAUGAGGCAGAGACAGAGACAGAGACAUGAGGCAGAGACAGAGACAGAGGCAGAGACAGAGACAUGAGGCACAGACAGAAACAGAGACAGAGACAUGAGGCAGAGACAGAGACAUGAGGCAGAGACAGAGACAGAGGCAGAGACAGAGACAUGAGGCACAGACAGAAACAGAGACAGAGACAUGAGGCACAGACAGAGACGGAGACAUGAGGCAAAGACAGAGACAUGAGGCAGAGACAGAGACACGAGGCAGCAGAGACCGAGACUUAGAGGCAGAGACAGAGACAUGAGGACAGGAGGACAGAGACAUGAGGCAAAGAAAAGAGACACGAGGCAGAGGACAGGAGACAGAGGCCGAGACAGAGACAGAGGACAGAGGCAGAGAACAUGAGGCAGAGAAGGGCAAGAGACAGGAGACACGAGGGCGGCAGAGAAGCAGACGGACAUGAGGCAGAGACAGAGACAUGAGGCAGAGAAAGAGACAGAGACAGGCCUGGCAUCAGGCCGUUGUGGCUGACAGGCAUUCUGCCCUGGCCUCAUGUUACCCUUGAGGGUUGUGUGUGCGUGCUUGCGUGCGUGUGGCGUGUCCUUGCAAGCGUUAAUGCAUGCCGUGUGCAGGGACACAUUAAGGAGAUCUUUCACAAGUAUUAUGAAAUCAACAUCUUGGGAUGGGGUUGGCUAAAUGUUCUUCUUAAGCAACUCACUACCCCCCCCCCCCCCCCCCCCCCAACCCCAGUCCAAGCCCUAAACCACUCAGGACAGUACGUCUAAAGCUACCCAUAACCAGACACUGCUGUUUGUCAGGGUUGUGUAACAUUAGUGAAAUCCCAUUUGGGAUGUGAUAAGCAUGUAUGUCCAGGCUGAUAGUGUCAUGCUCCAGCCAUUGGGUCCAUUUGGGUCCAUUUCACUUUUUCUACGGAGAAAGUGGAUGUUGGCUGAUUGGAGGAAAAUGGGGUUUCCUAGUGGCAUGUUCUAGGCCAGGACACUGCCUUUGCUUUGCUGAUAGUUCACUUAGGUUGAAAGAGUCUUAGAUUAAUAAAGUUUGCGCAGAGUUUGAAAGAUAUAAAGAUACCAGGUAUAAACUGACAAUUGUUUUAUUUUACCAAGUCACUAUACUGUAUGUGGUUGAGGUACCAUACUGGGUCGAGGCUGAGUUUUUUCAUGAGUGCAGUCUAUUGGGUCUCAACCUGAACAUAUCUCUCUCCUCUUUCUCUCCCUUCAGGGUUUCUUUCGGCGGACCAUCCGCCUCAAGCUGGAAUAUGACAAGUGUGAGCGCCGCUGUAAGAUCCUGAAGAAGAACCGGAACAAGUGCCAAUACUGCCGCUUCCAGAAGUGCCUGUCUGUGGGCAUGUCCCACAACGGUGAGGAACACAGACAUAGCCAGAGCCCUGAGUACUGCUUACUGCUUAUAGCACAACCUGCCAGUAGCAACCAGAGAGGAGCACACACACACACAUUUGAACAUAGACAUAUGCACACACACAUGUACGCCAUUCAAAACCACACUCUUGUAGAAACAGGAAGGAGCGUGCACGCUCACACACGCAAGAACACACACGCGCACGCACACACACGUACUCACACGUACGCCAUUCAAAACCACAUUAUGGUAUACGGUUGCUUUUCAAGAUGAAUGACAGUAGGCAAAAAUGUGAGUGACAGCUGUGAAUCCUACAGCAUUCAUUCAUAAACGCAUGUAAACAUUUGCACCAUUUCAUAUUGUUUCCAGAAGAAAACAAUGCAGAACUGCAAUUGAUGCAUACGUCUCUCUGUCUCUAUCCAGUCUCUAUGCGGUCUCUAUGCGGUCUCUAUGCAGUCUUAUGCGGUCUCUAUGCGGGCUCUAUGCGGUCUCUAUGCGGUCUUUAUGCGGUCUCUACGCAGUCUCUCUGCGUGGUGGUGUGUAAUUGUGAAGGUCAGUAGAACGGUAAGGUGGGGCUGUAUUGUGUUGGCUGAACCCUGUCACCCUUUAGGUGUGAACAGAGACAAGCAGUGUGAGUCUCAGUCUCAGCCUACAGGUCACGUCACCAGGGCUGCAUCUGCACUGGGUUAAGCUGUUCAGUACAUUAGACCCACUGAUCAAUGAACUGACCUAGUGGAGAAUUUAAGGUAAUUUAGACUGAUAGUGAGCUUUGCAGUGUAGAGCAGGAUACAUUACUAGUGGAACAUUAAUAAAAACAGGGUCCACUCUCCAGACAAAAUCAGACAAUCACACCCUCUACAGACAGACUAACUAUUAGGAAUAUAAACAUAAUGAUCUUUCCUUUAUAUAGAGUUAAUCUAUGAACAAUAACCUUGAUAUAGGACAAUGAGGUCAAAGCAUUUUGCUGCACCUGCUAUAACAUCUGCUAAACUGUGUACGCGACCAAUACACUUUGAUUUGAAGUCUUUGAUCCUAUUGGAUGGAUGAUGUUUACCUGUGUGUUUUGUGUCAACAUACAACAUGGCAUUCUGACCCUAAGGUCCAUGUCCUGCCGUUUACAAUGGACUGAAAUAGAAUUAAGGGGUGACUUUGUGUGUGGUGUGGAGUGAUGUGAAGAGGGGCUUAGCAAGGUAAUGUGGCCCGAAUCAACUACUUAUUUUAUAUAUAGUACCAGUCAAAAGUUUUAGAACACCUAUUCAUUCAAGGAUUUUUCUUUAUUUUUACUAUUUUCUACAUUAUAGUGAAGACAUCAAAACUAGGAAAUAACACAUAUGGAAUCAUGUAGUAUCCCAAAAAGUGUUAAACAAAUCAAAAUAUAUGUUAUAUUUGAGAUUCUUCAAAUAGCCACCCUUUUCCUUGAUGACAGCAUUGCACACUCUUGGCAUUCUCUCAACCAGUUUCACCUGGAAUGCUUUUCCAACUGUAUUGAAGGAGUUCCCACAUAUGCUGAGAACUUGUUGGCUGCUUUUCCUUCACUCUGCCGUCCGACUCAUCCCAAACCAUCUCAAUUGGAUUGAGGUCGGGGGAUUGUGGAGGCCAGUUCAUCUGAUGCAGCACUCCAUCACUCUCCUUCUUGGUAAAAUAGCCCUUACACAGCCUGGAGGUGUGUUGGGUCAUUGUCCUGUUGAAAAACAAAUGAUAGUCCCACUAAGACCAAACCAAAUGGGAUGGCGUAUCGCUGCAGAAUGCUGUGGUAGCCAUGCUGGUUAAGUGUGCCUUGAAUUCUAAAUAAAUCACAGACAGUGUCACCAGCAAAGCACCCCCACACCAUAACACCUCCUCCUCCAUGCUUUACGGUGGGAAAUACACAUGCUGAGAUCAUCCGUUCACCCACACCCUCACAAAGCCACGGCGGUUGGACAAAUUUCCACCGGUCUAAUGUCCAUGUUUCUUGGCCCAAGCAAGUCUCUUCUUAUUAUUGGUAUACUUUAGUAGUGGUUUCUUUGCAGCAAUUCGACCAUGAAAGCCUGAUUCACACAGUCUCCUCUGAACAGUUAAUGUUGAGAUGUGUCUGUUACUUGAACUCUGUGAAGCAUUUAUUUGGGCUGCAGUUUCUGAGGCUGGUAACUCUAAUGAACUUAUCCUCUGCAGCAGAGGUAACUCUGGGUCUUCCAAUACUGUGGCGGUCCUCAUGAGAGCCAGUUUCAUCAUAGCGCUUGAUGGUUUUUGCGACUGCACUUGAAGGAACUUUCAAAGUUCUUGAAAUGUUCCGUAUUGACUGACCUUCAUAUCUUAAAGUAAUGAUGGACUGUUGUUUCUCAUUGCUUAUUUGAGCUGUUCUUGCCAUAAUAUGGACUUGGUCUUUUACCAAAUAGGGCUAUCUUCUGUAUACCCCACUACCUUGUCACAACACAACUGAUUGGCUCAAACGCAUUAAGAAGGAAAGCAAUUCCACAAAUUAACGUUUAAGAAGGCACACCUUUUAAUUGAAAUGCAUUCCAGGUGACUACCUCAUGAAGCUGGUUGAGAGAAUGCCAAGAGUGUACAAAGCUGUCAUCAAGGCAAAGGGUGGCUAUUUGAAGAAUCUCAAAUAUAAAAUAUAUUUUGAUUUGUUUAUCACUUUUUCAUUACUACAUGAUUCCAUAUGUGUUAUUUAAUAGUUUUGAUGUCUUCACUAUUAUUCUACAAUGUAAAAAUUGUAAAAAAUAAAGAAAAACCCUUGAAUUAGUAGGUAUGUCCAAACUUUUGACUGGUAGUAUAUAUAUAUAUAUAUAUAUAUAUAUAUAUAUAUAUAUAUAUAUUGUUGGAGGGAAAUGCUUCACAACUCCUGGCACUGGGAAACCAAUGGGGUCACAUUGUCUCUCCACUGGCCCCCACCCAACCCCAAUGAUAUGUUUGAUGGGUCCGAGGGCCAGGACCAAGAAGCACAACUCAGAGGUAUACAGACAGGUAUGGUACCAGAUUCUUAGCGGGACCCAGCCAUCCACACAUAAUGGAUGCAAAUCAAAUAUUAAAAAAUAAAUAACAACAAAACGCAACAGCAUCAGUAAGCCAGACAAUUUACAAGUCAAAAGGAGGGUAUGGCCCUUGUAGAAGGUCUAUAAAGGGUCCCCAGGUGGAAUUAAAUACAUACCUUUCCCUUUUAAAGUAUAACAUAUUUUUUUCUAGUUUAAAAAAGUGAAUCAAAUCGUGCAGCCAUCGACUGUGCAAUGGACGGUGGACGUUUUUCUACUCAAGAACUAUAUGUCUCUUGGCCCCGUGUAGCUCAGUUGGUAGAGCAUGGCGUUUGCAACGCCAGGGUUGUGGGUUCGAUUCCCACGGGGGGCCAGUAUGAAAAUGUAUGCACUCACUAACUGUAAGUCGCUCUGGAUAAGAGCGUCUGCUAAAUGACGUAAAUGUAAAUGAAAGUAGAGAAAGCAAGUGCAUCCUGCACUGGUCUGGAAACCAUUAAGCCAGAAGGUGGUUGACCAAAAAGGGCCACCAGAGGUCACAAUUCUACAUUGAUUCCAAAAAUUACACUGGUUACAGACUUGGCAAAAACACCUGAUCAAAACAUAUCAGUAAGAUCUGCAGAAGCCUCUCUACGUCGAUCACAUAUAGGGUCAAGGUUUGGAUACAUUUUAUUUAGCCUGGACUUAGUCUAAUAGAUUCGGUGUAGCAGCUUGAACUGAACAAGUGCAUGUCUAGCACAAAAUCAACUACUUCUAUUGGAACUAUUAGAAAGUAUUUUCAAAUAAUUCCCUAUAAAUAGCCUACUAUUUGAAAGUAUUUUCAAAUACAUAUUUCAAAUGCUAUUUUCAAAUACAUGGGUUAAAUUCAUGGAAGUGUAUUUGAGUAUUUUCAAAUACUUUCCACGUGUAUUUCCAAAUACAUUCCAAUAUUCAACUACUUGUCUUUUCAAAUAAAAAAUAUCUAAAUACCUACUUCCAAAUGUCUUUUAAAGUAAUUGAAAUACCAUAAAUAGUAUCUGAACACAGGUCUGGGACUGAUGCUCAACAUUAGUAUUUAUUUCAAAAUGUUUAUGUGGGACCAGCACUGGCGUGUUCAAGACGGGUUUUCCCCUCAGGAACAAUAAAGUGGGUGUUACCUUAUCUUAUCUGCACUUCCUAUAUCUGAACAUACAGUCCUCUAUCUGUACAUACAGUCCUCUAUCUGUACAUACAGUCCUCUAUCUGUACAUACAGUCCUCUAUCUGUACAUACAGUUCUCUAUCUGUAAAUAGAGUCCUCUAUCUGUACAUACAGUCCUCUAUCUGUACAUACAGUCCUCUAUCUGUACAUACAGUCCUCUAUCUGUAAAUAGAGUCCUCUAUCUGUACAUACAGUCCUCUAUCUGUACAUACAGUCCUCUAUCUGUAAAUAGAGCCCUCUAUCUGUACAUACAGUCCUCUAUCUGUACAUACAGUCCUCUAUCUGUACAUACAGUCCUCUAUCUGUAAAUAGAGUCCUCUAUCUGUACAUACAGUUCUCUAUCUGUAAAUAGAGUCCUCUAUCUGUACAUACAGUCCUCUAUCUGUACAUACAGUCCUCUAUCUGUAAAUAGAGCCCUCUAUCUGUACAUACAGUCCUCUAUCUGUACAUACAGUCCUCUAUCUGUAAAUAGAGUCCUCUAUCUGUACAUACAGUCCUAUAUCUGUACAUACAGUCCUCUAUCUGUACAUACAGUCCUCUAUCUGUAAAUAGAGUCCUAUAUCUGUACAUACAGUCCUAUAUCUGUGCAUGUGUAUUGUGUUUCAUAUGUUACCUAAAUGUUACAGUAUACAGGACAAUGACAUGGGAGAGGGUCAUGGAACUUAUAGAACCUGAUACACUGAGGCUUCAGCCCGCCCCCCCCCCCCCCCCCCCCUUUUCUCUCUCUCUCCCUUUUGCAUCAAUCAUGUUCUGCUUUAGAGAGUCAGAGACUCUCAUCUCAUCCUCCGCUUAGUGUGAUGUUCUUAUCCUGAGUCUCCUGAGCCCAACUCAGAGCAUCUCUCACUUCUUCUUUCUCUAAUGACAGUUGGCUGCUGCCUCAGGAUCCCCAUCCUCCUGACGUGGGUUCAAAUACUAUUUGAAAUCUUUCAAAUACUUUAAGCAUUUGCUUUAGUCUGCCAGGAGAGCCAGGUGGGCGGUGUUUGCACUUUUGAGACUUUUUGAUUGGUUAUAUUGUGCCAGGUAAGCUCAAUCGAGCCCAAUUGAAGUAUUUGAAAUUAUGUCAAAUAGUAUUUGAACCCAGGUUUGCCAUCCUUUUCAGGGAUCUGCCAGGUUUAGAGGAACCAUUCACUUAUACAGUAAUCUAAUAUGGCCCCAUUCUGAACACUGUCUUGUUUUACUGUAAUUUACCGUUCAGUGAAUGUGUGUGGUGUGGUUAAUCACAAUAGAAGCCAGUGAAAUCUGAGCCCAGCUGUAUCCCUUUAGAGUACCAUAAAUAUAUGUAAUAGGUGCACCUGCUGUUGUGCACCCUAUGAGAGGUGUGUGUGUGUGUGCGUGUGUGUGUGUGUGUGUGUGUGUGUGUGUGUGUGUGUGUGUGUGUGUGUGUGUGUGUGUGUGUGUGUGUGUGUCAGAGGGAAGGGGUUAUUGGUAACGCAACUGUAAUCUGAUUAGCUAGACACUUAGGAUCAGGCCGUCUGAGAGAGUCAGAGUCCCUUCGUACAAAAACAGCACACACACACAUACACACACACUAGAUACCUGAUUUGUCCUAUUUCCUUUAGCGUGCUAACACAUUGAUCCUCAACUACCCCUCAUCCUGCCCCCAAUUCUCUCAACUGUUCCUGAAACAUACAGGACAUUAAACUCAUGUCUCCAGGGAUCCAUAACCUGUCUUGAUACCCAGAAAACGUUGAACAACAGUGUUCAUGAUUUGGCAAACAGUACACAAUUGUCUUGAGCCUCCAUAUAUUUCUUAUGUUGAUUUGAUAAACAAUAUACUGUACAAUUGGCAUGCGUCUCCAUAUCUCUCUCAGCAAAACAGAUACAUCUUUGUCCAUUGCAGUUUAAUUAAAUACAAAUUCCACGUCCUCGUCACUGCCAUACUGCACCUAAUGUUUUCUCUUCCUCUCCUCUCUCUGCUCUCUGUUUAGCGAUCCGUUUUGGUCGGAUGCCCCAGUCAGAGAAGCUGAAGCUGAAGGCAGAGAUCCAGACGGGGGACAGGGAGGUGGAGGACCCCCAGCAGGCCGACCAGAAGACCCUGGCCAGGCACAUCUACGAGGCCUACCUCAAGAACUUCAACAUGAACAAGGCCAAAGCACGCACCAUCCUCACCGGAAAGACCAGCACUCCAGUAAGAGCAGUGUGUGGAAGUGGGGGGAUGGGGGCUUGCUUGCAUGCAUGCGAGCAUGUAGGAUCAAAAUGAAACUCACUCUCCAAAGGGAAUCAUUCAAAUAUUGGAAAUACAAAACUAUUUGUUGCAACCCUAAUGAUUACACAGUGUGUGUUUUCUGCGCAACCAGAAGGGUCCAAUAUUAUAUUUUGAAUGAUUCCCUUUGGAGUUGGCUGCAUUUUGAUCCGGUUUAAAUGUGAUGAAAUGGGCAAUCAAACCCUCCUUAUGUGUUAAUAUAACCUAGCAACCUCUACCCAAUAGGAGCCAAAGAAUCAUGCAACAACAGAAAUACAUUUCUAGGACACAUCUGUCUGAAUAUACUGUAUGGAGAGACACUCUGUAUGACCUUGACUCAUAAAGGACCAUUAUUAACAGUGUUUGGAAACCACUCCCUCCCUCCCUUCGUCUUUCUUUAAAAAUGAUGCCCUUAGAUCUGUGGACUCCAUUCAUUCUUUUAUCAUAUACCAGAGUAGACUAUAUGGGUGGGGUAAGGGUUAUGUUUCUAGUGAAUUCCGUCUUCGGUGGGUGUAGGUGUGGCAAGGGUCAUAAAGGAGAGGUCAGAAAGGAGUCAGUCAGUAAGCGGUCAGUGGUCACAGGUCAGUUGAAAUACACAUCCAAACUGUUACUGUAGUUACUCUGUUCAGUGGUGAGUCUAGUUCCUCUGUUUAGUGGUGAGUCUAGUUCCUCUGUUCAGUGGUGAGUCUAGUUCCUCUGUUCAGUGCUGAGUCUAGUUCCUCUGUUCAGUGGUGAGUCUAGUUCCUCUGUUCAGUGGUGAGUCUGUAGUUAUUCCGUUUUGUGGUGAGUCUAGUUCCUCUGUUCAGUGGUGAGUCUAGUUCCUCUGUUCAGUGGUGAAUCUAGUUUCCUCUGUUCAGUGGUGAUUCUAUAGUUAUUUCUGUUCAAUUGGUGAGUCUAGUUUCCUUCUUUCAGUGGUGAGUCUGUAGUCCUCUUUCAGGUGUGAGUCUAGUUCAUCUGUUUCAGUAGUGAGUCUGUAGUUUAUUCUGUUUUAGUGGUGAUCUAGUUUCCUCUGUUCAGUGGGGAGUUCUAAGUACCCUUCUGUUCAGUGGUGAGGUCUCAGUUCCUCUCUGUUCAGUGGUGAGUCUAGUUCCUCUGUUCAGUGGUGAGUCCUGUAGUUCCUCUGUUCAGUGGUGAGUCUAGUUCAUCUGUUCAGUGGUGAGUCUGUAGUUAUUCUGUUCAGUGGUGAGUCUAGUUCCUCUGUUCAGUGGUGAGUCUAGUUCCUCUGUUCAGUGGUGAGUCUAGUUCCUCUGUUCAGUGGUGAGUCUAGUUCCUCUGUUCAGUGGUGAGUCUGUAGUUAUCUGUUCAGUGGUGAGUCUAGUUCCUCUGUUCAGUGGUGAGUCUGUAGUUUCCUCUGUUCAAUGGUGAGUCUAGUUCCUCUGUUCAGUGGUGAGUCUAGUUCCUCUGUUCAGUGGUGAGUCUAGUUCCUCUGUUCAGUGGUGAGUCUGUAGUUAUUCUGUUCAGUGGUGAGUCUAGUUCCUCUGUUCAGUGGUGAGUCUAGUUCAUCUGUUCAGUGGUGAGUCUGUACUUAUUCUGUUCAGUGGUGAGUCUAGUUCCUCUGUUCAGUGGUGA